AUGCACCUCGGUUGCUGCAAAACGGGCACUGACGGCUCAACGUCUGCCGUAUGGCUAAAUCAAUCAACUAAACUAGGCACCCCGAAACCCAAACCUAACCCAACCAAACCCACUCGUGUGUUACCAACUAUUAAAAACACCGGCUUCGGCUUGACAAACCUUCCAGACGUCUCCGUGACAUGCUCCGCGUCCAACUUGCUCGUCCGGGUCAAGCCUUCUUUCUACGGCUUCAGCGCGGAUGAGUCGGAGCUCCAACUGGGCCCAAGCUGCAGAAGCAACGGUAUCCUGAGACCCUAUGGAGAUCUGCUCUUCAACUAUCCCCUGACGGCGUGUGGCUCCCGGCAAGAGUUGCAGCGCGAUUUUAUUGUCUACAAAUUCACUCUCCAUUAUGAACCUUCAACCGAGAGGUUUCCAAGCGGAGCGUCUCGGAUUGACGUCGUCAUUCAAUGUCGUUAUCAAAGGUAUGGGCAUGUGUACCAAUUGGCAGUCAAGCCCACCUGGACCAGUGCAGUUGUGCGUAAAACUCUAAGAGCCAAUCCAAAUGAGUUUCAAAUCAAUUUUAUGGAUGAUUUAUGGAGCACCCCGAUCAAAAAUCAAGUGUUCCAGCUAGGUCAGAAGGUUAACGUCCAAGUCUCUGCUCCACAUCUGCCCACUGGAAGGAAACUGUACAUCAGCAGCUGCCACGCUUCACCAGACAGCGAGUCUUCAUCAUCCCAUAAGUACACAAUCAUUGGGAAUUUGGGUUGCAUGCUGGACAGUAAGCGAGACCCCGGAGGGGCUUCUCAGUUCAUCUCCCGUGUUCACGGAACCCUGAGAUUCUCAUUCAAAGCCUUCCAGUUCAUUUUUGACCCUGAGAGUGAGAUCAGCCUUCACUGUCAACUAUUUGCUACAUCAAAAGAGCCAGGUCCAGCGCAGAAAUCAUGCACAUACAAAGAAGAUAGGUGGAAGGCCCUUUUGGGAGAUGACUCUAUUUGCAAAUGCUGUGAUUCUCAGUGUGUGAGCUCCAAGUCAAAGAGAACAAGAAUGGAAGGUUCCGUCAGAAGUGGCUUGAUGGUUUCGGAUCAGCCGCUUGUUGCAGAGGAAGGCUUCCUGCGUGUCAGAAGACUGAACAAUCCUGUACGUGAUGUGCUCAGGGAUGACAUCACAUGGCAAAAUGAAGACAUACUCGAGAUUGAUGGCAAAGAAGAAACAGAGAGUAAACAGGAUUAUGGAAGAGAAAGUGUGAUUGUAGGAGAAAAGAUGAGACAUGACACGAUUGCCCUUCCGAGUCAAAAGCCUGAAGAGAGAACUUCGAGAGAAUUCACAGAGGAUGGAUCUGGAGAUACAUUGGAAGGAAGAGAUGCCGAACUGGUAUUCCAAGAAGAUAAAAUAAAAGCGGUGAAACACAUUUUAGCAUCACGAGUCACUCUGCAAAGUGAUGCACCACAACUUGAUUCCAAAGUUGAAGAAAACUGGAAUCGCUCGAAUGGGACUGAAGAGACAACAAGAACGAAGUCCUCUGUCGUCCACGAUGAGCUGGUAAAUGAUGAAGAGCCGACUUGGUAUUUUACAUGGACAUAAUUUGAAUUUCAUCAAUCAUUCCACUCUGCCAUCUCAAUAAAUUUGACAAAUACAACAGCA